GUUGAGGUGCGCAGAAAGGAAGAACACCACCAGGGCAACUUCGAAAGAUGGCGGCGCACACGCAGAAAAAUAACAAACCACCGAAAUCAGGGGGGAAAGAGGCUCAGCCGCUGAUUCUCCCCAAAACCCCUGCGGAUGAGCAACGGCUGAAGUUGGAGCGGCUCAUGAGAAACCCCGACAAGCCCGCUCCCAUCCCGGAGAGGCCAAAGGAGUGGAACCCUCGCGCCCCGCCGGAGUUCGUCCGGGACGUGAUGGGCUCCAGCGCGGGCGCAGGCAGCGGUGAGUUCCACGUUUACCGCCACCUCCGCCGCAGAGAGUACCAGAGGCAGGACUUUCUGGACAAAAUGGCAGAGAAGCAGGACAAGGACGUGGAGUACCUGAAGAAAAUAGAGCAGAACAGAAAGGCAGCCGAGGAGCGAACCGCGAAGCGAAGGAAGAAGCGGGAAAAGCUUAAGCAGAAGAAGCAUCUAGCAAAGAAGGCUAAGAUGGAGGAUAAAGACGGUAAGGGAGGAGAUACGGACUCUGACAGCAGCGGAGAGGAGGAGAAGAAGGAGGAGAGUGGAACAGAAGAGGAAAAAGAAGAUGAUGCGGAGGCUCCAAGCUUCGUUAUGGGGAGGAAAUGAACAAUAUGAUGAAAUGGCAUCAGCAGGGUUAGAAGAAAGACUGUGGGGUUUGUGCAUCAUAUAAAUGUUUUAACAUCAAAUCUGCCUGAAUAACGCAUCAUAAGUUAGAAAAAGGUUAAUUUAAUCAGUUUCACUGUUUACUCCAGGGGACUGAAGCAGCUUAAGAUUUUUCAUCAGAUUUUUCAUCUGUUUGGACAUGGUUGUGUUUUAGAUUAAAAUAAACACCUGAUCAAAUUGUUAAAACCUGGAAUUAAAUAGUUGUUUUUGACUGUUUGCUAAUAUUGGUUCACUUAAUAAAAAGCACAGUCUUAUUGCCAACUUGA